UAGAAUGGAUUUGUCUACAUGUGUAUUGAAGUUGGAUCAUAGUGUAGGGGACCCUCAACCUUAUCCUAACUUCAGACAAAUCCCUGGAUUUCCUGUGUAUGGUGUAGGUCAACCUACAGAGGCUGGCUUUUCACAGUUAGCUGAAAAGAUCCCGAAGGAAAAAACUAUUUGGUUUAAUGUCCGUCAGGAACCAGUAGUGUACAUUAAUGGUCUCCCCUGCGCCCCAAGAACGAAAGAUAAUUUGCACGAGAAUAUAACACUCUCUCUUAAACAGGCUGAACUCAACGACUUGCAGGUCAAGUUUGCUAAAAGUAUCGAUGGUAUGCAGAAGGAUGGCUGUCUGGAACUCCAUAAAGACAAGGACUUCCAAGAGAAUCCUAUGGAGAGGGAGGACUUUGCUGACACAGUUAAAACUGAAUCUAUCAAGGAUUUUAACAGUAUCAUCGCUGGGCUUGCGGAAACUUCUAUGCCAGGGCUAACAGUGGUGCGAGUACCCUUCCAGGAGGAAAGACCACUGCCUGAAGACUGCUUUGAUAUAAUUGUUUCCCAGUUAGCAAAUGAAUCCCCCUCAACCACCCAGUGUGUCUUCAACAGUCAGGCGGGGAAAGGAAGGUCUACUAUGGGAACUGUCAUUGCCUGUAUUAUUAAGGCUUCCCAGAUGAUAAUUAAGCUGAACAAGAUGGUGGAAGAGGGGAUGGCAGAGAAAAGUUGGGCCGAUGGGAUUAUCAGGAAGAAAUUUGAGGAUCCUCUCCCCAGUGAAGAUCUUAAAGAUCCCUUCUUAAGAGGAGAGUUUGAUGUCAUCAAGGAGCUCCUUGAAUCAGUUCCAGAGUGUGCUGAGGGUAAAGUCCUGGCAGAUAAAAUGAUUGAUAUGUGCGGAGUUCCACCAGAAGGAACAGGACUUCAGAAUAUCAGGAAAUGUAUAAUUGAGACGAAAUACAAGUAUGACGCUUCCACUGAGGAUAAGCAGGUUGUAUGGAAAAGAAUGAUUAUCAACUUUAUUGAGCGCUACUUCUAUCUCAUUUGUUUUGCUACUUACGCCAGGGCACAAGCUAAAGAUGAGUUUAAGAAAACCUUUGUAUCAUGGAUGGAUGAACAUAGCAAUCUCAGGUAAUCAGAGCUGAGAACUUUUGAAUUGUGGAUAUCAAGA